AGCUCUGUUGUUGCAGCUAAACACCCUUCACCCAGCAACCAUCAUCUUCAUCUCUCAUGAUGGCCACAAUCAUGUGCUCCACUACCAUUGUUCUCUUGUUGUUGAGUCUCGCCAUCACAGAAACACAAGGUCAACAAGAGUACGUCAACAACAAGCAGCUAGAUUGUGAAAACCAAUACAACACAACCUACGGCAAUGUCUGCAACAGCGUGAGUUCAUGCCAAUCAUAUCUCACAUUCAAAUCAUCCUCUCCAAACUACAACACACCCUCUUCCAUAUCUUACCUCCUCAACGCCACACCCUCACUCAUCGCUGAAUCCAACAACAUCACAGACGUUGACCUCAUCCCCACCGACAACAUGGUCGUCGUUCCGGUCAACUGCUCCUGUUCCGGUAAUCUCUACCAACACAACGCGACCUACACCUUGAAGGUUCUGGGAGAAACCUACUUCACCAUCGCCAACAACACCUACGAGGCUCUCACAACUUGUCAGGCCCUUCAGGCUCAGAAUCCCGCCGGUGAACGGAACCUCACUGUUGGUCUCCAACUGCACGUGCCACUCAGGUGCGCUUGUCCAACGAAGAAACAGCUUGAUGCUGGCUUCAAGUACUUGCUCACUUACCUUGUCUCUGAAGGCGAAUCAAUUUCUUCCAUUGCUGACAUCUUUGGUGUCGACGAACAAAGCAUUUUGGAUGCAAACGAGAUUUCUUCUACUUCCGUUAUUUUCUUCUUCACACCCAUUUUGGUUCCUCUCAAACACGAGCCACCGACCAAGAUACAAACAGCGGUGUCUCCAACGGAAUCUCCGCCGCCGCCGCCAACAACAACAACUCCGGCAGGGAAUGGAGGUUCAGGCUCUUCCACGAAAUGGGUUGUUGUUGGAGUCACGGUUGGAGUUGCUUUGUCGCUUCUUGUGAUUCUCCUUGUGUUUUUCCUCUGUUUCUAUCGCCGCCGCCGAACACCGGCGGCGGCGGCGGAGGCCAAGCCUUUCUCGGCUUCUGCCACCAGCGAAGAAACCAAGAAGCUUUCGCAUGCAACCCCAACAACUGAAUCCUUCUCUCUUUCUUAUGAAGGGAUUCGCUAUGCAAUCGAGUCGUUGACCGUGUACAAGUUUGAGGACUUGCAGAAAGCCACCGGGUUCUUCGGUGAAGAUAACAGGAUAAAGGGUUCUGUUUAUAGAGCUUCUUUCAAGGGUGAUGCUGCUGCUGUCAAGGUUCUCAAAGGGGAUGUCUCUGCUGAGAUCAACAUUCUAAAGAGGAUCAACCACACCAACAUUAUAAGGUUGUCUGGUUUUUGUGUGCACAAAGGUGACACCUAUCUUGUCUAUGAGUUUGCUGAGAAUGAUUCUCUUGAUGAUUGGCUUCACGCUGAGAAGAAGUACCAGAAUUCCAGGACUCUGAGUUGGAUGCACAGAGUUCAGAUUGCUCAUGAUGUGGCUGAUGCACUCAAUUACCUUCAUAAUUAUACCAAUCCUCCUCAUGUUCAUAAGAAUUUGAAAAGUGGUAAUAUUCUUUUGGAUGGCAAUUUUAGAGCUAAAGUUUCAGAUUUUGGAUUAGCAAGAGCAGUGGAGGAUCAAGGGUUCCAAUUAACAAGGCAUGUGGUGGGGACUCAAGGUUACAUGCCACCUGAGUAUAUUGAGAAUGGUGUGAUUACUCCAAAGAUGGAUGUUUUUGCAUUUGGGGUUGUGAUUUUGGAGCUUCUUUCAGGAAGAGAAGCCACUGGUGGAGACAAGAAUGGAUCAGGGGAACAGAUGCUGUCAGCAUAUGUGAGUCAGGUGCUGGAAGGAGACAAUGUCAGAGACAAGCUUCGUGGUUUCAUGGAUCCAACUUUGAGGGAUGAAUACCCUUUGGAUCUGGCUUACUCCAUGGCAGAGAUUGCCAAACACUGUGUUGCUCGUGACCUUAAUUCACGACCAAACAUUUCUGAGGUUUUCACAACUCUGUCCAAGAUUCAAUCCUCUACACUGGAUUGGGAUCCAUCUGAUGAGCUUGAACGGUCCAGAUCUUAUAGCCAAGUCUCUGAUAGCAGAUAGUUGAUAAGAUAUAAUUCGCCACAAUAGCUUGGCAUUAUGGUGUUGGCCAAUUGCUUCAGCUCCAUGCCUCCAUCGAAUAAGAGUUUGUUUAAUCUUUUAUUAUGUGGAAUUUUCGUUCGCCUCUUUUGUAUCACACGGAUUGAUGGUUACUAUUACAUAUUGAAGUCCACACUUUACACUUACAAAUUCUCGUAUUCCUGAAAAUGGCUACUUCAAUUUUGUAUUCUGUAACAUAAUUAGUGAGUUAAUAAAUGAUAUUGUUACAUUUGUUACUGAUAUCAAAGUAGAAC